AAAAAAAGAAUUUUAAAGGGUUCAGUUGAAUUAUCCAAGAUUAAAUGUGUAGAACUUGUGAAAAGUGACAUCCCAGUUCCAUGUCACUAUAAAUAUCCUUUCCAGAUUUUUCAUGACAGCUAUAUGCUCUACAUCUUUGCUCCUAACCUAGCAAGCUGCCAGAAAUGGGUCAUGGUUCUGAAAGAAGAAACUCAGAACAACACCACUUUGGUGUCAAAGUUUCACCCAAAUUUCUGGAUGGAUGGACGAUGGAGAUGUUGUGCUCAGCUAGAAAAGAUGGCAACAGGCUGCACGGAGUAUAUUCCAGCCAAGACUGCCUCUAAUAAACCUCUUCCGCCUACACCGGAGAAUAACAUGAAAUUAUCACUGGAUACCAAGGAAUCUUCAGUAGUUGCCAUUUAUGAUUAUAUUGCUCAGAAUCCUCAGGAACUGACAUUACGAUGCAAUGAGGAAUAUUAUGUUAUUGAUAACUCUGAAGUCCAUUGGUGGUUGGUUCAGGAUAAGAAUGGGCAUGGAGGAUAUGUGCCAAGCAGCUACAUAGUAGAAAAAUCACCAGAUAAUCUUCAAAUAUAUAAUUGGUACAACAAGAAUAUCAGCAGAACCAAAGCAGAAGCAAUGCUCAGGGAAGAGGAUAAAGAAGGAGCUUUCAUGGUGAGAGACUCAAGGCAGCCUGGCACCUAUACAGUCUCUGUCUUCACAAAAGCAUUAAACAACGACAACAGCCCUGUUAUAAAGCAUUAUCACAUCAAGGAGACCAAUGACAAGCCCAAGAAGUAUUACCUGGCAGAGAAACAUAUUUUUGAUUAUAUCCCGGAACUGAUCAAUUACCACCAGUAUAAUGCAGGAGGUCUUGUUACUCGAUUGAGAUAUGCUGUCUCCUCCUGGAGAGAAAAAGCUCCUGUUACAGCCGGAUUAAGUUAUGGUAAAUGGAUUAUUAGUCCACAAGAACUAACAUUUGAACAGGAGAUCGGUGUUGGCGAGUUUGGGGUGGUUCAUCUUGGUUACUGGCUUGAUCGGAUGAAAGUGGCUAUAAAGACAAUUCGCACAGGAACAAUGUCAGAAGAAGACUUUAUUGAAGAGGCCCAAGUCAUGAUGAAAGUAUCUCAUCCCAAAUUGGUCCAGUUACAUGGGGUAUGCAUGCAAAAUUCUCCUAUAUGUUUAGUAUUUGAGUUCAUGGAGUUUGGAUGUUUAUCUGAUUACCUGAAAAGGCAACGUGGAAGCUUAUCAAAGGAAGACCUUCUCGGAAUGUGUCAAGAUGUUAGUGAGGGAAUGGCUUACCUUGAGGAGGCAUCUGUCAUUCAUAGAGAUCUGGCUGCUCGGAACUGUUUGGUGGGCGAAUUUCAAGUUGUCAAAGUGUCAGAUUUUGGAAUGUCACGCUUCAGAUUUUCUUCUCUUCCAUGGAAGCGUCCUGAAGGCUUUAAUUUAGUCACUAGUACCCUGAAAGAUCCACAGCUCUUCCUCAAUAGAGUAUUGAUGUGGGAGGUAUUCUCUGAAGGCAAAACUCCUUACGAGAAUCGGACAAAUGCUGAGGUGGUAGAAGAAGUCAGUGCUGGCCUCCGAUUGUAUAAACCCAGACUUGCUUCCAAUACCAUUUAUAAUCUUAUGCAACAUUGUUGGAAUGAG